CCCCUGAAGGCAGCAGGACGAGGAGGAUGGAAUCCUGGCAACGCUGUCACAAAGCUAACGUUAUCCGUGCUAAGCCCUGUGAACGCACCAGCUUUGUCAACAUGCACAUACGUGCUCAUCUAGGCUCGCCGACCUUCAGCAUUUACUUCAUAGCUUCCUCUAAAGCGUGUUAACCGGUUUACGACGGCAUGUUUCAACGAGCCGAGCUAGCAACGCUUUUUUCUCUUUCGUCGUAGCCACAAUCAGUGGAGCAGUUAACCAGAACGAGUUGUUUGUUAGCUUAAAGCUGGCUUUGGUGAACAUGGCGAUUGUGUCCGGCUCCUGUGCCCGGGUGAACGGCUCCAGGAACGGGCCUUCCCCGUCAGCCGCGCCGUCCGGGUCGGUCGUGCAAUCUCAGCCCAUGAUCGCGGUGUGGGAAUGGCAGGACGACCUGGGCUACUGGCGGCCUUACAGCGGCCAAGUGAGCGCCCACAUCGAGCGGUGUUUGUCCCCGCGGGGCCAGAGGGGAGCAGGACCCGGCUCAACGAGCAUCUGCCUCGGACAAUCAGACCCCAGCCUGUCGCCGUAUCUCAUUGACAUACCGAGCUUGAAACAGUUUCGACAGGACACCGGAAAGACCCGGUCGGUACGCCGGUCCCUGUUCGCCCAGUCCUCCGGCCUCGGCAGUGGUGUUUACUGGGAGUGGAUCAACGACGAAGGGGGGUGGACCCCGUACGAGACUCGCACCUCCAUCCUCCUGGAGCACAGCUACCAGGCCCGCCAGGGCACGGCGGACCUGGGCCCGCACGGAUACAACUACAUCGUGGACCUCACGUCUCUGGCCCAGGUGAACAAAGCGACGGGCUUCAGGCGGCAGGUCAGGCGCCAGUGCAACCUCCCCUACCCGCUGGCCUCGUCCGGCCCCCCGGCCAUCCCCUCGAGCGCCUCGGGCACCUCAGGCCCCUCCUGCUCCUGCCAGCAGUGUUUGAGCCACAGCAGCACGGGACCCAUGCCCAGCCGCUCACGCCACUCCUUUUCAUCGGGCAGCCUGAACCGGCCCGGUCUCCAAGCGACGGGGAGGGCCGCCGCGGCGGCGACUCACCCCGCUUCUGUCUACUCGCCGUACCCCAGGAGACCCCUCUCUGUGGGGGGGAUGUCCUGGGGCAGCCCCUGGCCUCCACCGCCGUCCGCCAGCCAACUGUCUGCACCGCUUCUGACCAGCGCCCCCAGCGCCAACGGGCUGAGUGUCCCUUCCAUCUCUGUGCAGCUGAACGGAUCCACCAGCGUGAGCUCUGCCCUGGCAGGCAUGGCCUCCAUUUUGAUGUCAGCGGUGGGACUCGGCGUACACUUCACCACUGCCCCCCUCCCUCAGCAGCAGCAGCAGCAGCCGCCGCCGCCACAGCAGCUUCAUCAGCUACAGCCGCUACAGCCGCCUGCUCCCUUCUCGCUUCCUCCUCCUCUCCUCCCCCCCGCCAGCAGGCCCAGCAAGCCCCACAGCAGCAGCAGCAGCAGCAGCAGCAGUUCAGUUAGGAGAGCAAAGAGGCAGCACAGGAGAGCCUCGGCGCAGAGACCCGAGGACGUGAUCCAGCGCUACAUGGAGGUGGUUGCCGGCGUGCAGGACGAGGACUGCAUCAUCUGCAUGGACCAACUGUCCAACCCGUCCGGCUACGAGACGCAGCCCACAGAGGAGGGGGGGCCGAGCAUCCUGCCCGGCACCGUGGGGAAAUUCAUCAAGUGUGGACACACCCUGCACAUGCUCUGCAUGCUGGCCAUGUACAACAACGGAACCAAGGACGGCAGUCUGCAGUGUCCCUCAUGUAAGACAAUCUACGGAGAGAAGACCGGCACGCAGCCCAAAGGCAAGAUGGAGAUCUACAGCAUCGCCCAGUCGCUCCCCGGCCACCCGGACUGCGGCACCAUCCAGAUCAUCUACAGCAUACCGCCGGGCCUGCAGGGCCCGGAGCACCCCAACCCGGGACAGCCGUACACCUGCAGAGGCUUCCCCCGCUUCUGUUUCCUCCCCGACAACGACAAGGGCAGGAAGGUCUUGGAGCUCCUGAAGGUGGCCUGGAUGCGGCGCCUCAUCUUCAUCGUGGGGACGUCCAGCACCACCGGCGAGCCCGACACGGUGGUGUGGAACGGCAUCCACCACAAGACGGAGAUGCUGUCCAACAUGUCGGGGCACGGCUACCCGGACCCCAACUACCUGGACAACGUCCUGUCGGAGCUGGCGUCUCAGGGCGUGACAGAGGACUGCUUCAAGCCCCCGGGCAGCGGCGGCGGCGGCGGCAGCAGCUAGCUCACGGCGCCGAGCUUCACGCCGCAGAGUUCAAAAUCCACUUCCCUCGGACCAGCUGGACCUUCUGCAGCCUCCGUCCGGCCUUCAGUCGAUUCAGCAUCUGCCAAACCUCACGGAGCGAGCACAGCGGGAGGCGCGAGCCGGACGGAACUCGCCGAUGGCGGUUUAUUCUCCACCACAUUCCUGCUCAUCACGUGAUCCUGCAGACUGAACUUCCUCUUUUAUAAAUGUGUAUAUAUAUAUACAUCUAUAAAACAAGAAAACUCUCCUUAGCCUGGAGAUUUGUGUCUGUCAGGUUCCUCGUCCAGCCACCACCAACAUGGCAGCUCAGUAUCGGGGACAGAAAUCUCUCAUCAAGCACUUUAGCUCUGACGUCUCAUUUAGUCGAGACGUGUGAUCUUCCCGGUUAACCCGCGGGGGGGGGCACGCAUUUUACUUUUUCACUGCAAUAUAUAAAAAGUCAUGCACUUGGAUGGAAACGGCACAAACCGUGGCGAGAAGAAGAGCGAAGUGAAACACGUCUGCAGCCGGAAAUCGCUAAAAAAGAGAAAGUGGAAUUUCUUUGAUUUAAAAACACUGGAUGAACAUCCGUCGUUACUAAUGUUAGAAAAGCAGCGGAGGCGCCCGUAUUAACUCAAAGGUUCACAGGUUUCUUGUCACGUGACAAAUCAAUGGCGGCUUCCUAGUUGCUCAGAAUUGAAUGUGUUUAAUCUUGUUUAUUUGAGGGCAAAAUUUGAAGGAGACCUGUAGAAUAAAGUGUUUAGCGGAAUAUAACCAUUUUAAGCGUCGUAGAAGAGGGAAGGAGGACCGGGACGUUUGUUCUGUAGAAAAGCUGCUUCGUGUCCCGCCGGGCAGGUUUCGGGCUCCAGAGGUCAAAGGGCAGGUCAUUUCCGGAUUGGGAGGUUAUGCAAAGUGUCGCUGCAGAAAGACGAGCUGCGUGUUCAGCACACGGAAACUUGUCAUAGCAAAGUCAGUAUACACAUGUAAUACUUCUGGGACGUGAAACCACCGGUGGUUUAUAUAUUUGGCUCCAUCACGAAUCGAUAAGCGUCCACGUGGUGAUUUGUCCUGUUGUUGAAUGUGCAGUAACUGGGCCGGGGGGGCGACCGACCUCAAAAAAAAAAGAUAGAAAAAAAGGCUAAAAACAUCUGACAAUCAAGGUCAUUGAACUCGUCUUGUUCACCUCCCCCCCCCCCUUCCUGUUACACGUGCGUUUUUCUGCUCUUCAGAGCUGCAGCACAGUUGAACUGAGUCGUAACGGGCUGUAAUAAAAAAAAAAAAAGAGGAAAAUGAAA